ACGAGCUUCUUCCCUCUCUCUCCUCUCUCUCUCUCUUUCAACUCUCUCUCUCUCACAGUAACUGUCUCUUGGAACCAUUCCUCUUACUGUUAUUUCCAAAAAAUGUCUGCUGCUAGGUCACAGAGAUCAUCCACGAUCUCGCCGGCUCGUACUCGUAGAUCGCCGGCAACUAUUCCGACCAGACGGCCGGAAACUCCUUCUUCCUCUCACUUUUCUGCUUCCCCGGCUGCUUCUUCGAGUCCAUUGUUACGUUCUAGUCCUAGUCCGUCUACUUCCUCCGCCGCCGCCUCUGGAACGGCUGUUGCUUCCUCGAAACUGAAGGAGAAUAUUACGGUCACGAUUCGGUUUCGUCCUCUCAGUCCACGAGAGGUCAAUAAUGGAGAUGAGAUUGCUUGGUAUGCAGAUGGAGACUACACUAUUCGGAAUGAGUACAAUCCAGCUCUUUGUUAUGGCUUUGAUAGGGUAUUUGGUCCACCAACAACUACUCGGCGUGUUUAUGAUAUUGCAGCUCAACAAGUUGUUAGUGGGGCAAUGUCUGGGAUUAAUGGUACGGUGUUUGCUUAUGGAGUUACUAGCAGCGGCAAAACUCAUACAAUGCAUGGGGAGCAAAGGUCACCUGGAAUCAUUCCGUUGGCAGUGAAGGAUGUAUUUAGCAUUAUUCAGGAGACACCAGAACGAGAAUUUCUUCUUCGUGUUUCGUAUCUAGAGAUAUACAAUGAGGUCAUCAAUGACUUACUAGAUCCAACUGGGCAGAAUCUAAGAAUACGAGAGGAUUCUCAGGGCACAUAUGUUGAAGGUAUAAAAGAUGAGGUUGUCUUAUCCCCUGCUCAUGCUCUAUCCCUAAUAGCAUCUGGAGAAGAACACAGACAUGUUGGUUCGAAUAAUGUCAAUCUUUUUAGCAGUCGGAGCCACACAAUGUUCACUUUGACUAUAGAAAGCAGUCCACAUGGAAAGGGAGAUGACGGCGAAGAUGUUACUCUCUCUCAACUGCACCUUAUUGAUCUUGCUGGAUCUGAAAGUUCUAAAACUGAAAUAACUGGACAGCGAAGGAAAGAGGGCUCUUCCAUCAAUAAAAGCUUACUCACCCUUGGCACUGUUAUAUCUAAAUUGACAGACUCCAAGGCAGUCCAUAUCCCCUACAGGGAUUCUAAACUUACGCGCCUCUUGCAGUCAACACUUAGUGGUCAUGGACGAGUAUCACUUAUUUGCACCAUCACGCCUGCAUCCAGCACAAGUGAAGAGACGCACAACACACUAAAAUUUGCUCAGAGGUGCAAGCAUGUUGAAAUCAAAGCUUCACGAAAUAAGAUAAUGGAUGAAAAGUCCCUCAUAAAAAAGUAUCAGAAAGAAAUAUCGUGUUUACAAGAGGAACUUACACAACUGAGGCGCGGGGUUUCUAUGUCCACGUCUAAGCAAGAAGAUUUGGCUGAUCGAAAACUUCAGGUUAAACUUCAGUCAAGGUUGGAGGAGGAUGAAGAAGCCAAAGCAGCUCUGAUGGGAAGGAUCCAGCGAUUGACAAAAUUAAUCUUGGUUUCAACCAAAAGUUCAUUCCAAGCUGCUUCUGUAAAACCUGACCAUAUAUGGAGGCAUGCUUUUGGAGAGGAUGAGCUAGCAUACUUGCCGGAUCGAAGACGAGAAAACAUGGCUGAUGAUGGUGCUGCAAGCACAGUUUCUGAACAUUUAAAGGAGCCGGGAGAUGGAAGUAGUAGUCUGGACGAGAUGACAAAGGACAAGAAAAGGAACAAGGGUCGUGGAAUGCUUGGCUGGCUAAAACUGAAAAAAUCUGAUGGUGUAGCCGGGACAUCGCUGACUGAUGGUAACCAGAGCCAAGCAAAUGGAUCUCCUUCAUCGUCCUCUAAGUGUGCACAAACAAAAGCAACAAGAAGAGAAAAUGCAGCAGCUAUCAAGUCUUUUCCUGUUGCGGGAGACUUAUUCAGUGCUAGUGUUGAACCAGGAGACCCUUCUCUGAAAAAUGACAUACGACAGACUGGAACUACUAUUGCGGAUCAAAUGGAUCUUCUUCACGAGCAGACAAAAAUACUUGUUGGAGAAGUAGCAUUGCGUACCAGUUCAGUAAAUCGGCUUUACGAACAAUCUGUUCGCAACCCUGAGGAUUUGCAUAUCAGAGAUCAAAUACAGAAAUUAGAAGAUGAAAUCAUCGACAAGAAGGAUCAAAUACGUGUUCUCGAGCAACGAAUUAUUGAGAUUUUCGGAAGGACUCCCUAUGCGGCAGAUUCUCUCGGAAUGUCCCAGGUUCUAUCGAAGCUCACAAUGCAACUAAAUGAGAAAAUCUUUGAACAUGAGAUAAAGUCUGCAGACAAUAGGAUUCUGCAGGAGCAGUUGCAGAUGACUAAAUCAGAGAACGCUGAGAUGCAAGAGACAAUCAUCCUACUUAGACAACAACUAGAUUCGUUAGCCGAGAGACAAUCAACUUAUACACAGCAAAACAUAGGAGACGAAUCAUCAGGAAAGAAUACUCAAAACAGAAACGGUGAGGAGUCAGAAGUCUACUCUGGAGCAGGAACACCGACCAGCGUGAUGAGCUUAAACAGAGUAUUUGCUCAGGAAGAGACUAGAGAGAUCAACAACGAAACAACUCUCAACACUCAGGAAUUGGAAAUAGAGAAUCUGAAGAAAGAGAAGAUGCGAUUGAUAGAGGAAAAAGAUGAGCUUGGUAAACUUAAUAAGAAACUCACUGAAGAAGCUUCUUAUGCUAAAGAAUUAGCAUCUGCCGCAGCAGUAGAACUCCAAAAUUUAGCUGAAGAAGUUACUAGACUCUGCAAUGAAAACGCGAAGCUCACCAGGUGAGAAAAAUAACAGGUCUCUCUGAAGUUGUGCGGAGGCACCAGCUUCAUGAUAAUACUGCAUAGUGAAUCAUCAUUAGCCUAUCACGCAAAUCUCAGACUACUUGAAAGGUGAUGAUGAUGAUGAUGCAUCAAAGGGAACAACAAAGUUCUUGGAGAUCAUGAUGCUUCCAAAGGCAAAGGGAUACAAUCUAGAAACAUAGGUUUGUGUUGCUUCGAUAGUAUUUUGAUUCUAACUUUCUGAUGACAAACACAUGAUGUAAAUAUCCUCACAAUUUUGUUCUUUUUUAUUUUAAUUUUUUGUUCUUAGUGACCACUAUUUUUGUAUGUUCUUAGGUUGAAACGACGAUGUUGCAACAAGUUUCAUAGUUAAAAUUUUCAGCUUAA